AUGCUCGACUCGUCCGAGACUCCGCCUCCUCUUCACUUCUCACCGCCGUCCAGCGAGCAAGAUCGCACCUCGACCCGCGAGUCCACCCCGAUUGGCACUCCCCUGGGCGUCGUCUCCAGCAACCCUCGCCGGCCUGAGCUGCUGCAUAACCACCAUCUGGGGAACCGCAAGGCGUCUGCUGCGUCUCCCUUCUCCCCCUCGGCUGCUCACAUCCCCGUGUUCGACGACGAGGACGAGGACGACUCGAUAUUCCCGCUGUUCCCGUCGUCGCCGCCAGACCAGCAUCACCACCACCAGCACCAGAGCAGCCACCACCAGAACCGCAGCCAGCUCGGCCAGCGUCGCCACCAUCGCUACAACAGCAGCCAGCAUAGCGUCACCAUGGAUGGCCGCGCCAUGCCCAUCGACCUGUCCGCGAGACAGACGUCCAAAUCGCCACCAGGACAGCAGGCUUCCAACCUGACCUCGGCCCUCCAGAAGGCCGCUACCGGCGCUGCCGACAUGUCCUCGAACUGGAACGGGGUCGCCUCGAACAACUUCAUGUCCAACGCCGCGCGCAAGGAGUCCUUUAGCGCAACCAUGGCCCAGUACUCGAACGGCAGCAAGCCCAUCACCAUGGUGGGCUCGAACCGAGAUAAGCCCCGGCGUGAGAGUCUUGCCGGCAGUCUUGUCGGCGGUAUGAGCUGGGGAGGUGUUUCCGUAGGCAGCUGGAUCAGAGAUGAUAUAAUUAUGACGGGAACUUCUCCCUUCACUCUCCAGUCACCGUCGUACCACUCGUCAUCUUAUCUGCCGAAGCUGGAAGCCAACUUUAUGCGCGACUUCUCAUGCUGUGGCAUCACUCUCCCGUCACUACACGACCUACUCCAGCACUACGAAGAAGCCCACGCCCAGAGAUCCCCGCAGCCGCCACAACGGUCUGCGCAGUCAAACCAGGCAGCUCAGUCAGAUAACAGGGCAGGCAUUGGUGCCUCCCCGCACCCUUCACAGCCCAGCCAGCAGCAGCCGAAUAUGGCCACUGCUCCGGGGCGAGCUGCUUCCUCCCAGCCGGGGACCCCUCGACCGCAUCAUAGACUACCGCAGCAACCGCAGCAGCCCAUGAUGCAGACUGCCACUGGGUUUGGCCAGCCACAAUCCAACGAUAUACCGGAUAUCGAUAGUGUAGAUGACAUGGAUAUGGAAAUGGACGACCCUCUCAGUGAUAGUGGUUUCCAGCAACAGACUCACCAGCAGUCGCUCACUCAGGCCCGCUUUGCUCAAGAGAAUGGCGGAAGCAGGGUAACACCCCUAAAUAUGGGCAUACUACAGGGCCAGCAGCGCUUCCGAAGCUCAGCACCCGGUACCCCCGUUUCAUCCGGUAGACCUCUCCACAACAACCCAACCGUCUCAUCUGUCAACACACCAACUCUCAUGCCUCUUCCUGUUCAGCAACAACAGCAACAGCAGCAACAGCAGCAGCAGCAACCGCAAGCGCCAAACCCCCAGUAUACAAGCACGCCAGAACCCUCUGCUCCCGGAACUCCUGCCGAACUAGAUGACUCCAUCGUCGGCGGAUUCGGUGACAUGAACAUGCAAGGAACGGCUACUCCUGUAGGGACUGGCCCAGGCCAACAACAGUUUGGCACUUUCGGAAGCAACGGAAUGCUCGACCUUUGUAUCGAUGAGCCUGCUAAGCGGCUAUUCAGGCCAAACACUGGGUUUGGUAAUGGGAAACAAGUACAGCAGCAGCAGCAAGCUCCUCCCUUCAGACUGGGUAACUCGCAUUAUGCUGCAAACAGUGAGAUUGCUCAACAUAUCAGGGAACAGCAGAAACUCGCUGGCGUUCCAGACGUCACUCUUGCUAUGAAGCCAGAUGAUGAGCCAAAGCCAUUCAGAUGUCCGGUAAUAGGAUGUGAAAAGGCAUACAAGAACCAGAACGGUCUCAAAUAUCACAAAUCGGUAAGCCGUGUCCUGCACUACCACUCUUCUUCCUCUUUUUUUGUCGACCCAGAAACAUGUGCUCCUUACCCCGGCACACUAGGCAUGGAGAAAGAAAAACCUUACCGCUGCGAAGUCUGCGGAAAGCGAUACAAGAAUCUCAACGGCCUGAAAUACCACCGCGCACACUCUCCGCCAUGCAACCCAGAAUUCUCUUUCGCUGCUGCAGGCCGUGCUUUCAACACGGCCGGAGGCGUCAUGCACGGAGAUAACAUCAAUAUUGCCGGGGCCGGGCUAACGGGUAUCGGGGAGUUAGAGUGA